AUGAAGCUCAAUUGUGUCGUUCUGCAGUCGUUUAAGCGAGUCAAGAAACGAACGAAGGCCGACUUACAAGCAGAGCUGGAUCGCCUGAGUCGGCAAUUGGACACCGCUACAGCCGUGGAUCUUGAUUCUGCCCCUUCGAGCUCACUCAUUCCAUUGUCUCCCGAUACCAAUGUCUCAUCCCGUGUGCAUCAAGUGUCAUUGUCCAAUGCUGGCCCUGAGCAAACUCCCUCCCAGUCUCCCUCGAAUCCAAUGACCAAUAUGCAUGGCAGACCUUUAGCGCCGGCCACCACUUCCCCUACCAUCAGUCAUACUGGAGUUGCCAGUGCUUUGACGCCAACAUCCUCUCAGACAUUGGAGGAUCUUGAGUUUUGUGGCGCCCAGAUUGACGAUUGCUUUUCCCUUUUCUUGACGCAUUAUGCGCCCAAAGUCCACGUAUUCGACACCGUUCUCGAUCCGAAUGCCUGCCACCCUCAAUCACCACUACUUUUCUGGACCAUUGUCACCAUCGGAGCAAGAAAAUACUCCCAAGAUCCUACCAUUCUCAUGUUACUCGCUCCCAAAGUGAUCGAAUUGGCACAGCGCUCUAUUUUUCACCGCGAAAACCCGCUUUCGACACUUCAAGCAUUUCUUCUCCUUACAAUUUGGCCGAUGCCCGUGGACACCAUGCACAAGGACAUCUCGCCCGUGCUUGCCGGGGCAAUGUUGAAUCUGGCGGUUGCUAUUGGUCUUCACGUUCAUGGUGUUGGGCAAGACUUUUCAAGAACCACACUGCGCCACGAGGAAAAUGAAAGGAUCUUUCGUGCCAAACUAUGGCUGUCAUGUCUCAUAGCCUCUCAAAGUUGUACUAUUUCAAAUGGACUUCCACCUCCCAUAGUACUCGAUACCUACGACUACGUAUCCAAGGGACGAGAUGCUCUUUCCGGCGUCCCCAUUGAGCUCCGUUUCAGAAGGAAAUUAAGCCAAACUGUCUCCAUUGCAAUCCUUGAACUGGGUCGCGCUGUUCUUUCUGUAGACGAGCCUGGCGGCGCUAGCUCUCUCAAGUCCAUAAUCGGCGUAUUCAUGUGGCAGCUCUCGCAACUAGACUCAGAGUGCUCUGAUCAGCCAAACCACUUCUUUCUCUCCUGCGCACGACUGCAAAUUCAAAGUUUUCACUUUUUUAUCCGCUCUCCCGAGAUCGAUAGUACCAGUCUGGUCCAAUUGUACAUCGUAGCUUGUACUGUGAUCGAGGCAAUCGUGAAGAUGGAUGGGACUGAAGAUGUGGCCGGGUCAUCAACUGCCUACAUCCAAAAAAUGCUGCUAUUGGCGGCAUUCGUCAUACUUCGAAUCACCAGAAGCCACCUUGCCCCAACUCUGGAUCUCGAAAGGGGUCGAAAAGCCUACUUUGCGCUCAUUUUUUAUUGUCGAAGAGUAUCUCUUCAGGAUAGUGACCUAUCAUCAAGAGCCGGUGUCAUUCUCACCCAGCUGUGGACAAGCAAGAAUGCUUUCGAAAAUUCAGAUGGAACCGUCGACUGCCUCACCCUCCGUUGCCGUAGUCGGUUGAGUAUGUCUGUUGUCUUCGAUUGCUUUUGGCGUUGGAGACGAGAAUUUGCCGGGCAGGCGACUCCAUAUGAGGAACCCAGAAAUGACAAAGGUGCUACUGUGGCAGAUGCUCCGGCAAAUAAUCAAAUAUCACCGGCAGCCUUUCCAGCCGCUGACCUGGAAUACUCCCAGUAUAUGCUAUCGUCAUGGUCACCUCAAGGCACAUUUCCAGACUAUGGUUGGGCGGCGACCUUAGAUCUCCCUAUUGAAACAUGGAAUGCAUUCCAACUGGAGUCUGAAGUCGGCGAAGGACGCACGGCAUUUGGAGCCACUCAAGACUUUCCCGCAACACAAUUGUCUUCGGUGGUCUCAUAG